UGCGUUUCCAAACAUCCGGUCAUGGUAGUUGCAACGUUUCGGCGAACUGGAAAAUAUUGAGAAAUAUCUCUAUGGAGACAGAGGAAGCAGCCCAGCCAGAGGGAGGGUCCAAAACUUCUGCCCCAUCCCAAACCAAAAAGCCCACUAUGGAGAUUUACGUGGCCAAGAAACGGCAGGCCGAGAAGAUAGAGCCCAAGCCCAGGCCCCGGUACACAGAUAAAGCCCGGAAAAAUAAGAGCAAGAAGGACAAAGCGAAAGCUGGGGAGACGCCCAAUGGAGAGGUAAAACAUGAUGAUGGUGAAGGGGGGAGGGAGGAGGGAGAUGCAGAGAAUCAAAGCAUGCAAACAGAAAAGGACGAACAGUCCAGAGAAGACAUGGACUCCACAUCCAAAACUCCGAACACACCAGAAGAGACGGGUAAUGAUGCCAGAACACUGGAACAUGAGGGGAGCUCAAAUGAGGAAGAGGAUGAGAACUGGGAUUCUUUGUUUAAUGAUGAUGGUGACUGUCUAGACCCCCAUUUGCUGGAGGAGAUGUCCCUUAAGGACGGCCGCAAGAAGAGCUCCAAACAGGAGCCGCAAUUCGACUACUACAACUGGUCUCCUCAAGAAGAAGAAGAGGUGGAGCUUCGUGAUGACGAGCUGUCACACAUCGUGGAGAUUUAUGAUUUCCCGUCCGAGUUCAAGACGGAGGACUUGAUAAGAUCCUUCAACACUUUUCAGCAGAAGGGGUUUGAUAUAAAGUGGAUUGAUGAUACGCAUGUUCUGGGUUUGUUCUCCAGUUCAAUAGCAGCUCGUGAUGCUCUGAGGAUGAAGAACCCCAUGAUGAAGAUCAGGCCUCUCUCCAAAUCAUCAAAUGCCACUAAAGCCAAAGCUCGCAGCUGCUCUGAUUACUUGUUGCCAGCUAAAGAGCGUCCUCAGACGAGUGCAGCUUUGGCCCGUCGACUGGUCAUUGGUGCUCUGGGUGUGAAGAGUAACCAGACCAAAGAAGACCGCGAGGCAGAGAGGAACAAACUACGGCAAGCAAAAGAGCAAAAGCGCUUGGCGGCAAAGCAGCGUGAAGACGCCUGGGAGGGCUUGUGAAGAUCAAGAGACUCUGUUGGGGUCUGAAGUGGAUCAGGACGACUGCAUAACAACACUGAACCAAAGCUGCAUGUCUGGGGGAAGUUCAAACACUUGCUAGCAGAGGUGCAAGAGAGCCACACAAACUUUAGCAGAGAUAUUUUAUAUUUUUCCUUUAGAGAUGUGUCAGAGAUUUUCCCCCUCAAAGUAUUGUUUUUAUGCUUGAGAAAGGCUUUUAAUGUUUUUUUUUUUUCCAUCUUGGAUAUUACUUUUCUUUUUUCUGACUGUAACUAAAUUACAAUUGGUAAUUUAGAAUAUGAUUUUUAGUCAUAAUUGGUAUUUUUCUUUUUUUUUUUUCAUUUGUGAGCCUAAACAGAAAAUUAUUAGAUUUCUUGAUCUAUAUUUUUGAUACAACAUCAGUAUCAGAAGUGUCGAUAUUUUAGGAUCGAUCCGCCCAUCCCUAUAAAUUACAUCAUCAGUAUCACUACCCUUUAGUCAGCUUACAAAGUGAAUAUUCUUGCACCAAUUUUUGUUUUAGUAGAGAGAUAUUAAGUUAACACCAGGAGCUUUUGAUUAUCUUUUUCAGACAAUUCAUUAUUUCAUGUAGACUUUGAACACUUUGGACUAGUUUGAAUGGGUGAAUCCCAUUUUUAUUUUAUUUUUUCAUUUACAUGAAUGACUUUGCAAAAGUUUCUGUGUUUAAUGCCAGUCAACACUUCAAACCCUCAGUACGUACUGGAUUUGUCAUGUUUCCUAAUUACCUUACAGGUGUAAAUAUUGUAUUUUAAAGCUUUUGAGAUUUAAAUGUUCAAAGUUUUAUUCAGGUGCCAGAUCAUCAAAAACAAAUACAUUUUCAAGUGUCUUUGUUUGACUUUUGCAAUAGGUUUACACUCAUGAGCAAGUCUGUGUCAAAGUUGGUGCAAUAGGGUUUCUGUGAUCUGAAUAAAAAU